AUGGUUUGUCAGCACUUUAUCCAGGAAUCACAAGCUAUAUUGCUUUUUCAGCACCUAUUUUUGAGAGGAACUUUGGCUCGAUGGAAGAAGAAUGCACCAAGAUUUGUUGAUUGUUGGUCAAUAAUCCACAAGGAAAGGCAGUCAUGUAUGCAUUUGUUCCACUGCAACGGAGGUGAACCCAUCUCAGUCUCAGUCACAGAGUUUUCUUCUUCAUGGUUUGCUGACCUGUUUAUCUGCUCACCCAUUCAUUGUUGGCAGAUGAUUUGGCUGAAACCGGCAAUAAGAGGAGGUUGAAUUCAUCGUAUUUAGUUGUUCCAUUCGGUUUGAGAUUAUAGACUUUGAAAAAAAAGAUAAUAAAAUCUCAUGAUUUAUGAUCAUGGGUUUUUGCAUGAAAGGAUUCUUAAAUGUAUUAAGGUUGUGAGCAUGGGUUUUACUAUCAUUCACCCCCAACUAUAAUCUCCUUAACCGACUCUAUUCCUCACUUUUUAUAUAUUUUUUUAUUAUAGUCUGCCA